AUGUUACCACGAUUGCUUGCAUUGGUUCGAGUAUCCGAAACGAAGUUCGUAUCUGCAGUACCCGGACAAGCACCACCUGGGGCCAGAGCUACGUUUGGUGGAACGAUAGUAGCACAAUCGCUGUGGGCAGCCAUAAAGACCACCGCGUCCGCGUUUGAGCCCGCAUCGCUGCAGUGCUACUUCCUGGUUGGAGGUGAUCCGAAGGAACGCAUUGUCUACGAGGUCGAUCUGCUUAGAGAUGGUCGAAACUUCGCUCAUCGCCAAGUGCGGGCGUACCAGUUCAAGAAGGUCAUAUAUGUAGCAACAAUCAUGUUGUACAAUGCAGAAGCGUCCAACUCUGCCCCAAGUACUGAUUCCGUGCGGCAUCUGAGCAAUGUGCCAGAUUUCCCGGAUCUGAAGCAAAUGGUCCCAGCCGCGCAACUGUUCCGAUCAGACGUUGUUGAAAAUUUGAACAGAUACCGUAAUUUGCAUAAGUCAUGGAACGGUAUCAAAGUGCUUGACCCAUUUAUUGAGCGAUUUGAGUCCGGUGCGGUUGAAUAUCGAUUUCCAAAAGACCUCUUCAAUUCUGGGGAGUACCAUGACAAAAACCAACAACCACACCUGUCGCAUUUAGACUAUUACCAGCGUGUAAGGCGUCCUUUGUCUACAAGUCGUAAAAGUGACGAAGAAAUUAGUGACCCCCGAUUCCAAUAUGUGGAGUUCGCCUAUCUGACGGAUGCAUACUUACUACUAUGUUUGCCAUACUUUCAUCUACUCCCGCUAUACUGCCAUAAAUUCAGUGUGUCGUUAGACCAUACUAUCCAUUUCCAUAAACGUCCCAGUGUUAACGAAUGGAUGGCAUUGAGAGUCACAAACCCUAGAUCGGACAAGAGCAGGCAUCUAGUCCGGGGCGAGUAUUUCGACAACAACCGGGAGCCAGUGGCUUCUGUUACGCAAGAGGGACUCGUUGUCUAUGAGAGUCCAUCCAACAUCAGGGCUCGCUUCUAA